AUGAAGUUCUACAUCGACGAGCUCCCCGUCCUCUUCCCCUAUCCCAAAAUCUAUCCGGAGCAGUAUGCAUACAUGACGGAUCUAAAGAGGACGUUGGAUGCGAAUGGACACUGCGUGCUCGAGAUGCCCUCGGGCACGGGCAAGACGGUGUCUUUGCUAAGCCUGAUCGUCUCUUACCAAAAAGUGUGUAUGUUACCGGUGUGUACAGGAGUAGAGGGUUCAUUUCCUGCUGACGCGCAGCUUUCGCUUGUUCGCAGUUCCACGCCGCAUCUAGGAAACUCAUAUACUGCUCUCGAACCGUGCCGGAGAUCGAAAAGGCUCUGGCUGAGCUACAAGCCUUGAUGAACUAUCGGGCUCGCUACAAUGACCCAGAGCGAGUAGCGGGGACCGGACCAUCCGGCACCUAUCCUGGACUAGACGAACCUCUACCAGAGGGUCAAGGGGUCAGGGAAGACAUCCUCGGGGUGGGCCUGUCGAGCAGAAAGAAUCUUUGCGUGCAUCCGAGCGUGGGUAAAGAGAGGAAAGGAAAGGUGGUGGAUGCGAGGUGUAGGGAUAUGACUAGUCAGUGGGCGUGCGAGAAGGGAAGGGCUGAGCCCGGCAGCGUGGAGCUCUGUAGCUAUCACGAGGUGAGAGACUUGCGCAGGUUGAUAGCUAUGCGUGACGUGUCUCACCAGUGCUCUCGUUGGUUUGAGUAGGAGCUGGGCAAGCUGGAGCCUGGCCACCUGAUUCCCAAUGGCGUGUGGGGCAUCCAAGAGAUCAAAGAGGACGCUCGAAGAAGAGGAGUCUGCCCUUACUUUGCGGUUCGAAGAAUGAUGCCAUUCGUCGACAUCAUCAUCUACAGCUUCCACUACUUACUCGACCCAAAGGUUUCGGAGCAAGUGAGCAAGGAGAUGAGCAAAGACGCUAUUGUGGUAUUUGACGAAGCGCACAACAUCGAUAACGUGUGCAUCGAAAGUCUCAGCAUUGACCUGACGAGGCCAAUGUUGGACAGCGCAUAUCGAAGCGUUCAGGAUCUAGGAGACAAGGUGGAAGAGCAAAAGAAGGCAAAUAGCGAAAAGCUGCAAAAAGAAUACGAGCAGCUGGUGCAGGGAUUGCAAAACGAUGCUGGACAGGAGGGACUAGACGAGGCAGAGUCUUUCAUGACGAACCCCAUUUUACCAGACGAUCUGCUUCAAGAAGAGAUGCCAGGCACCAUCAGAAGGGCGGAGCAUUUUGUCGCGUUCCUGAAGAGAUUCGUCGAGUAUCUCAAGACGAGAAUGAGAGUGCUGCACGUCGUCGCAGAGACGCCGCCGAGCUUCUUGCAGCAUCUCAAAGACAUCACCUACAUCGAGAGGAAACCCCUGAGGUUUUGUGCCGAAAGGUUGAGGAUGUUGGUGAGCACGCUGGAGCUCACUCGAUUGGACGAGUACAGCAGCUUGCAGAAAGUCGCUUCCUUUGCAACACUUGUCGCCACCUACGACAAGGGCUUCCUGCUCAUCCUGGAGCCUUUCGAGACGGAGCACGCCACUGUUCCGAAUCCGAUCUUUCACUUCACGUGUCUCGACGCCAGUCUGGCCAUGGCGCCAGUGUUCGAAAGAUUCAGCUCGGUCAUCAUUACGAGCGGGACGAUCAGUCCACUGGACAUGUACCCAAAGAUGCUCAAAUUCGACGCUAUAGUGCAAGAGUCUUAUCCCAUGACGCUGUCCAGGCAAUGUUUUUUGCCGCUAGUAAUCACUCGAGGAUCCGAUCAGGUUGCAGUCUCUUCGAGGUUCGAAGUAAGAAACGACCCUGCGGUGGUCAGAAAUUACGGAUCCAUCUUGACCGAAUACGCAAGAAGCGUACCGGAUGGGAUUGUCGCCUUCUUUCCUUCUUACCUGUACAUGGAAAGCAUCGUUGCUGCUUGGCACGACAUGGGGAUUUUGGAAGAAGUGUGGAAGUAUAAGCUGGUUUUCAUCGAGACUCCCGAUGCGCCCGAGACCUCUAUCGCUUUGGAGAAUUAUCGAAGGGUGAGUGGUACCUUGCAAAGUUGCGCAACCAGCCGCUGCCCGCCCAUCUUGUGCUCAUCACUUGUCUCGAGUGCCGUCACCCAGGCUUGCGAUAAUGGCAGAGGCGCAAUCAUGCUCUGUGUAGCGCGAGGCAAAGUCUCGGAAGGAAUCGACUUUGAUCACAAUUAUGGGCGCGCAGUCAUCAUGUUUGGCGUGCCAUACCAGUACACAGAGAGGUGAGGUUCUGUUUUCGCAAAGCUGCGUGUGUCGCUUGACUUGCGUCGUGCCUUGCCUCGCGCUUACAUGCAAACUUGGCGCACUCGCCGGUUAGCCGAAUCCUCAAAGCGCGCCUCGAAUUUCUGCGAGAAAAUUUCAGGAUCAAGGAGAAUGAUUGGUUGACUUUUGACGCUAUGAGACACGCGGCUCAAUGUCUCGGACGCUGCUUGAGAGGCAAGGAAGAUUAUGGUAUCAUGGUCAUGGCAGACAAGGUGAGGGAACACCCUAUUCGCGCUGCGUGGUCAUUUCUGAGUGUUCGCAGAAGGCUAAAAUGGUAUGCUCUCUGAUAGCGCUUUGCGCGCGCCGACAAGCGAAACAAGCUGCCGAAAUGGAUUGCUCAGCAAGUGACGGUGAGCAACGUGGCGCGCUGAUAGCGAGCGUACCUCUUCAAGGACCAUUUGCUCAGCUCGCGUUUGCAUGCUUUGUCAUUGACAGGAAACGCAUAGCAACCUUUCUACCGAUAUGGCGCUGGUGGAGACACGGUUGUUCAUCAGGCAGAUGGCUCAGCCCUACCCUGCCGGAAAAGCAGGCGUGAGCCUUUGGAGCGUCGAAGACCUCGAAAGUCGACAAGUGAGGGAACGUGAAGCUUACAAGAGAUUGCUUGGUGAGUCCUCCGUCCGCCCUUGCGCUUUCGCAUAUACUGAUUGGCUCGGCGCAUUCGCUGCGCCCAUCUCUAGCUGCUGAAGCGAAAGGACAAAAGAUUGCAGCUUUUGAUGAGGAUCAAAGAUCUGCGAAUGGACAGCAAGGAGAAGACGAGUAUGACGAGGCGUUUGAUAACAUUGAUGAGGAAGAGCUGGCAGCAUUGGACGAUAUGGAAGUGGACUGA